AUAGUCGCUGUUUGUUUUCGAGGUUAGGUUAUGUGAUAUUUUCAAAAACGAGAAAAAACUUCAAAAUCGUGAUAAAACCCGGAAAAUCCAAAUACAAUGGCUCAGAAAGAUGAAAAUAAGAUCGAAAUAGAUCCAGAGUAUAUAAGGCACAACAGAGCAUUAAGAAAAGCUGAAGAGAAAGAAAAAGAAGAAAACAAGGUUACUUCCGAAAAGGUGUCUAAAAUAGUAUCUGAAAUAUUUGAUGGAGAAUUGGCCGCAAGACAGAAACAACUAGAAGAAAUUGAAGAUAAAGUAACCAAAGCCCAGAAAUUACUUCACUUGGUGCGCUAUGUAUUGAUAACUUCUUAUUACAAUAAAAAAAAUCUAGAAGUCAAAACCACUGAAGAAAGUAUUAGUAAGGGAUUUGAUAAUCAAAAUAGAAUCCAUCCUGCUUUGAAGAAGUUACUGGGUACUAAUUCUGGCCUAGGUGUUUUUACUUCUGGAAAACGCAGAAUUGCCUCCAAGAACUGUGAUAUUUCUGAACCUGCAACCUCUCAAGACACAAAAAAGUUGAAAUUAGAUAGAGCUGAAUCCUCAGGAACACAAUCUGUAGACAGCAAUCAAAAUUGUUUAAGAAACAGAAAGAGAAAACAACAUAGAUUAGUGAUUGGUAAUAUAUCCAAAUGGAUGCCUUCCUCAGAAGAUGAUAAUACAACCCACAAAUGGAUGAUGUAUGUGAGAGGUGGGAAAGAUCAGCCUGAAAUUUCACAUAUCAUUGAAAAGGUUGUUUUUUAUUUACACCCUUCCUACAGGCCCCAUGAUGUUAUAGAAGUUAGUGAAUCUCCAUUUCACUUGACAAGAAGAGGUUGGGGGGAGUUUCCCCUAAGAGUCCAAAUUUUCUUCAAGUGUCCUUUAAACAAACCAAUAAGUAUUGUACAUAAUUUGAAAUUAGAUAAGACAUAUACUGGCAGACAAACAUUAGGUAAUGAAACGAUUGUGGACGUAUACCUUCAUGACAACUCGCCACUCAAACCGCACACAAUUUCAAGACCUCCAGAAUCUCCAUCGAAUCCCCUACCAAUCAGUGAACCAGAAGAAACUGAAAGAAACGAUUACUACGUACCACCACCCGUCUUGCAGGCGACAAAUAAUAUCCUGGAAAAAACUGCAUUGUCUGAUACGAAAAUCGAAGCAGAUUUAUUGAUCUUCAACUAUGACCAACCGGCUGAAUCGCCAGACCUGAAUUCCUUCUCGGACUCUGGAAUAGCCAGGUCUGAUUCCACCCCGACGAAUUCAGAUUUCGUCACAACCUUGUCCGAUUCAGCUUUCGGCCACUCAGACACUGCUUCUGUGAGCUAUGAGCACGACUAUUGCCAGGACAAUGACAUUAUUGAAGAGAUAUUCGUCGAUAAUGGAAUUGAAGUGCAGGAUGAUGGGUUUUUGGAUUAUUUACACUUUGAGCAUUCCUACAGCUUGCCAGGUGACUGGGAGAGCUCCAGUGAUAAGCAUUUUAAAGCUGAUGGGAUGAGUGGGGACUGUAUUUUCAACCUCAAAGAUCCUGUCUCCAAUGAAACUAUGACCUCUAAUGGCUCUAAUGACAAAAAUAACCACGAAAAUAAACCUACAACGAACGGACACUCAGAACCAGAAUCUCACUUGGAAACUGACACAAAAUUACUAGUCAGAAAUAGCAAAUACAAGGUUAUGUUACCAGAGAAUAAGUUCAAAUGUGUGGGAGAGGCGAUGCCCUAUUUGUUGAGAAGGCUUCCUUUGUGGCACGAAUCGGCCCAACUUGAGGAAUUCAAGAUGAUCUAUCCUUUUAUGGCAACAUCUAGACAAGAAUUUGACAGCUGGAAUAUUGGAAAACGUCUUAAUUCAGAGUGGAAUCGAGCGAGAGAAUUAAAGAAACUGUUACACGAAACUUUUCCCACUUUGAAAAAGUGGAGCACGAAAGCUUGUCUGAUGUAUGCCAGGUCUCACGGGUACCACUUCUCUCUGAGGAAUUUAGGAAACUUUUUCCGAAAAGAUUCGGCAGAGUUGAGGCUUAUCAAUACGUGUUUUGUGGCAAAUUCGCAGAAGGAUGGGAUUCGUGCUGAGAGACAAGAUAAAGUUGAUGUCAAUGUCAACGUUGACAUUAUGUCAGAGGAAGAGAAGAUCACUGCCCAACAGUACCCGCGAGUAGACAUGUCUGACCCCGCCCUGAAACACCACUGCACGUUCGUCAAGGAAUCGGCGCUGGACUGCGGCAUCGUUCUGAAACCUGAAGAAUUAGUAGAGGGCGUCGUGGUCAAUGGAGCCGAGAGGAUGAUCCUGGAAGCGGUCAAGUGCUUCGCGGAGAGUUUGGUCAGGAGGGCGAACCACCAUGCUGUGUGUGCGGCAAAGGAAUCUAGUGAAAAUAAUUGUGAUAUUACCAAACAAGAAAUCGAAAUGGCUUUGAAAGAUCGACCCGAAUUCCAGACUAUUAGAGACUUCCAACUGAAGAAACGUGAAAUUGAUUUCUUCUCCUAAUCAAUUGGAUACAAUUCAGUCAUGAAUGGCAGGGAUAUUAGUAGUUGUAUCAUCUGGAUUUUUUUUCGUACCUGAGAAUGAAAAUAAAUUCACUAUAGUACCAUGAAGGUAACUCAUAGUAUUUUUUUUCAAUUUCAGCAGUGAAAAAAUCAAAUUACCUUAGUGUAAUAAAUGUAAGACUGCACUGUUUGCUUAGGCUGUCUAUUGAUGAUUGUGCACUAUAAAACUGAAAAUAAUUGCGAUCCUCUGAAAAUAUAGGAGAAAUGGCCAGCUUGAAUGAUAAUAACUGGUUAAAAACUAUGGUUAAUUCAAUAAAAUAGUCUAUAGAGCAGUUCAGCUAGCGCUGAGAGAGAAAGAAAAUGUCUUCCCCAUCUGU